CAGAAAAACUUUCUGCGCUGCUUCUCAAACUGUUAACAAAAGAAUGCGAUUUUUUUUUUCCAGCACUAAAAGCAACAAACAGACAAUUUUCCUCUAUAAACGAACAAAAGUGAAAGGGAUAGUUAAUCAUAAUUUACCUUUUCCCGAUUAAAUAAAGUAGCUGAAAAGGAGAAGCAAAAAAGGAAGAAUCCCAGAUCUCUUUACAGGGUCUUUUCUCCUUGUAUUGAUUCAAGAAACCCCAUGUUUCCCAGAUUGAUUCAACCCCGAGAAGCUAUUUUAAGCCAAGAAAACAUUCAGGGGCCUAAUAUUAGUGGUGGGUUUAGCCAAAGGGCUGCUGCGGGGGACCCAUGUUUGGUCCUUACUUCUGACCCAAAACCUCGCCUGAGAUGGACAGCUGACCUCCAUGAACGCUUUGUUGAUGCUGUUACUCAACUUGGUGGCGCCAGCAAAGCUACCCCAAAGGCCAUAAUGCGAACAAUGGGUGUUAAGGGAUUGACUCUCUUUCAUUUGAAGAGUCACCUCCAGAAAUAUAGACUAGGUAAGCAAUCUGGGAAAGAUUUUGGUGACUCUCCAAAAGAAGGACUGUCGGGUUCAUACCUUUUGGGUAGCCCUUGUGCCAGCAAUCCUCAAAACUUGCCAGCUUCCGACGUAAUUGAGGGUUAUGAAGUCAAGGAAGCAUUGAGAGCUCAGAUGGAAGUUCAAAGUAAACUGCACCUGCAAGUUGAAGCUGAAAAGCAUUUGCAGAUUCGGCAGGAUGCUGAGAAAAGGUACAUGGCUAUGUUGGAAAGAGCCUGCAAGAUGCUUGCUGAUCAAAUUAUUGGAGAUACAAACAAUGAUGCGGAGAAUUUUCCUGAAAAAGGAACGAAGACACAACCUAGAACUCUGCGUAAUCCGUUUGGAUCAUACAGUUCACAAUCUGCUGAUGAGUUGGGUACCCAUGGCCCAGAAGUAGUAUCUCCUAGAUUUCAUCAGCAGCGUGCUGAUUGUUCAACUGAAAGCUGCCUUACGUCUCAUGAGAGUCCUAUAGGCUUACCCGUUGAUGGGUCUUCACCUGGAGGAAAGAAACGAGUGCUGAACAUGGAUUCAACAAAUGCACCUCUCAUGUGGGGUGACUCUGAUUUGCGUACCCCGGAUUUGCAUGCGGUACAAGUUAAUUCCUGUGGCAUUACCGGGUAUGGUGUAUAAAAAUUUAAUCGUUGUGACUGACCCUGAUCGCUUCUGGACUGUGAAAAGGGAAGAAACACGGUAAACUUUACUCCUCGCGAGCUAUAUAUUUUAAAGCUGCUGAUGUUUUAAGAGUUAAGAUCGGAUUUCUCUCUAUAUUCACUGUUCCAUUUAUUUCUAUCAGUGCACACAAUAUCUUCUCCAUUAUUGCCA